UUCAGCCUUCAGGCAAUGUCUAAGCAACACAUCAAUUCAUUAAACCUUUGUAAUUCCAGUUUUAUGCAUUUUGUUUUGUCGUUCUUUGGAUUGGUUGUGGGAUUCGAAUUAGGACCUCAGGUGGGGUUACCUCUAGCCUAAUGAUUGGAACCAAUGAAAAGAAUUCUCUAACUUGUUAAUUUCUGCCAUAAGAUCUUUCCUUGUUAUUCGUAAUUUUGCUUGACAGUGCUCUAUGAACCCCCUUAUAAUAGUAGUUUGCAAGGAUUGUAAUGUAUGCCAGAAGACCCGAGCUCUAUUGUUUUCGUGUGAGUAGAGAUGCCACCUGAUGUCUUGGCCAGAGACAUGUUCAGUUAUUAAAACUGAGAGGGUUGCUGUAUUGUAUGUUCAGGGGGGAUUUUGCUGGUUAGUUACAAAAUUUAUGGAAUUUCUGUGGCAAAACUUAUCAUCGUUAAGCAUCCUGAAUGUGUUAUCUUUGAUCAGGGGUAGGUUGUUGACUUUUUCUGGACUAUAUUUUCUCUGUUCUUAUAAAGACCAAAAGGAAUUUGGUCUAUGUUCAAAUAUCUAUUAUCCAGUUCCCGCCAUUUUUAGUUGUCCUGUGGGUCAUGACAUUCACUCUACUUGUUACUUAUUCCGAGAUCACACCAUCAAGGGAUUCCUAUGAUGAAGAAUAAUUCUGUGGUGAUCAAUUAAUUCUUUUCUUGGAAUAUUUGUGAGAAGAAACAAAGAAUUGAUUAUAUAUGUCACCUUGGAGAAAUCUCUACUCACCACUUGUAUAUAUUCUUAUUGCUCAACAACAAGACGGAAUGCCUAUUCUUCUAUUCAAUGAUUCUUUCUUGUAUGAAGUGGUCACUGUGUCUCAAUGUAUAAACUCAAACUUGUAUGUCAUUCAUUGUAUGACAGCAAUAAUUUCUAUGAUUACUUUGGAAAAAGCAAGAAGGUACCAUUGUUGUUCGUUAUUAUGUAGUCAUGCUAUUCCAUGUAUGGAAGGAGGGGAUUUGAAGAUGGUGACUUAAGGGAUAAACUAGAUAGACGGCAUUCUCCACGACAAACAUAUUCACCUGAUAGAGACGCAAGAGGUCCAUCUAGGUCUCUUGAUAAAGAAAGUGACAGAAAACAUAAGAAAAGGCAGCGGUUAGAUGGUCAGAGUGACGGAUCUGGAAGUUUGAGAAUAUCAGAUGGUGCAAACGAUCGGGGUAAGGAAGGAAAGUUUGCAAGUGAUUCAAGAGGUGUUGUUGUUGAGCAGCUAAAGCAAGUGCAGGAAGAUAUCAACAGGCUUGAUCACCAAAAAUCUCAACUGGGGGUUAUAGUAGAAGAGAGGGUUCAAGAAGUGGAAAGUCUUACAUCUAAAAUUCACGAGCUUGAGGCUCAGCUACACAGAGAAAAAGAGGAAAAUAGAAGGAUCUUGUCAAAAAUCAACAAGUUUGUCAAGGCACAUGAUCAUUGUAUACAGAUACGAGAUAGACUGAAGAGAUCAGAAACUCGGCUUCAUAAGUUGGCGGAUGAGCUUGGCUCCGAUAUCAACAAAAUUGGUGCCAAUGAAGAGGAUUCAAACAUUAAUAUUGUGAGUGAUGGAGAGGUAGCUGGUUUCCCUGUCAACCCACAGAGUGAGCAACAGAAUAAUGUUUCUCCAAGCAACAGAAGGCUGGAUGGUGGUUGGGGUCCCACAGAACAAUAUGCCACAGUGAAGAGAGCUUCUCGGUGGAAUAUUCCUGCUCAAUCAAAUAAUGACAAGGAGAUUCAGGCUGUGGCUACUGGGAAUGGCAGACCAAGACCCAUCUCAAAAGAAGGAAAACAUGAGAACAAUAAUUUUGUCAAUCUUGGGUCAGCAGAUAAGCAGAAAAAGACAUUGGAAUCAGGAUUUUUGCAACCAUCAACCAGCAUGGCUGCCCAUGCAAUUGAUGAAGAUGUCGACAUUGAAUUGGAUUUUAAUGUUGAAGCAACUGGGACUGAUUCUAUAAGGGUUGUGGAUGCAUAUGAGAUAGAUGGCUUGCCACUUGCACUUCCCCUACCUCCUCUGAUCCUAAAAAACAAUUACUCGCAGUAUGAGGGUAACGAUGAGGACAUAGACGUGGAUGGUGUCGAGGAGAUGGAGCAUGUUGAUAUUUUAAUUUAAAGAUUUUGAAAGGUCAAAGGUUCUUUGCCGAGCAGUGUACAGGAAAUAUGGGUUUUUAAACAGCAAGUUAACUAAAUCUUUUGUUUUUUUUCGACAAGCUUCAGUGUAGUCUGGAUUGAUGUUUGCGUUCAUAUUGUCGAUCUUACUAUUUUCCCUUGUCAAA